CUCUCUACCAGAGACGACUUUCACUUCCUUUUCCUCUGGCCUCCCCUCCCAGAACAGCCUUGAGUCUCCAUCUUCCUACGGGGAGCCAGACCAUGACACCGUGGCCACUCGCACCCUGAGGAUGGCCCAGCCACACGACAAGGCAGUCCCCACCAACGGGGAGAGGCUGGUCCCAUCACAUGCAAACGGAGCAGGAAAGACCCCUGUAGGGGUCCUCAGUGCUGGAGAGCCACUUCUCCGCCUGCGGAGGACCCAGGGGGUGUGGCAGAUCCCAGAGCUGGAAGUCCACGAUGCUGUGGCCCUGGUGGAGCUGUGGCCGCUGGGGAGUUUCCUGGUUGCAGGACAGGACCCCAGCCAGACGCUAGUGUUGAAGACAGGAUCUGCCCCAGGGGAAGUCAGCACCUACAAGAUUCAGAAGCUUUCCGAAGGUGUGUCCCUGGAAGCCUCCAAGCUCUGCAUGCCGGAUCUGUCCCACCUUCUGGCCUUCCUGUCAGCCAGCAGGGAUAUCCUGCCCAGAACGCUGCUUCUGCCUCCUCCAGCUCUCAGCCCUGGAGAGGCAGGCACAGCCCGAGACACGCUGCAGAUGGGCAGGGCCCAUGCUCACACUUCAGCCGGGGUACUCUGCGUGGUCAACCAGCUCUACCUGGAGACACAUGCAGUCUCGGGGACGGAGCCAAAGAUUGGUCAGAGGCGCCGUCCAGCCACCAGGAUCCCCGGGCCACACCAGGUCUCGUGGGUGGAAGCGCCGCCCACUCCCAAGGUGCGGCAUCUUACUCUGAACAGCCUGGAGGAGGAAGAGCAGGAGGAAGAUGACUACCAAGAUGAAGAGAAAGGCCCCGAGGAUGUGCUAACGGCCCAUGUGCGGGCUCUGGCCAGGGCACGGAGCAGCUACGUGGCUGGGCAGUACCGGGGCCUCCGGGCACGCCUCGCCUCCUGUUCUGGGAACCCUCACAGGCCUGGGGACCCGGCCACUGAGUUGCUUCAGGACGUGCGAAACCUCCUCCUGGACCUGCAGGAUCACCUAGCCAAGGACCCCAGCGUCAGGGCCAUCCUAGGCAGCAGGGGCCCUAGGGACCAGCAGAAGCAGAAGGAUCUUGGUCUCACCGUGGAGGCGGCCGUGUGCCGUGCGGUGCUAGCACCCCUGAAGCCAGUCCUGUGGAUGCGACUCCGGACCUUCCGGGCCCCGGAGCUGCGACGUCUGCGCAGGCGACAAAUGGCCUUGCGGGCGGGGGCAGGGCCCGAGGGGCAGAGCCCGGCCUUAGCCCAGCGGAGCCAAAUCCACGAGCGCCUGGCGCACCUCCACGCCGCCUGCGCCCCGCGUCGCAAGGUGGCGCUCCUGCUGGCCGUGUGCAGCGACGUCUACGCGGGGCUGGCUUGUGGCGAGGGCCAAGAGCCCCAAGGGGCCGACGCCUUCCUGCCUGCGCUGACAGAGGAGCUGAUCUGGAGUCCUGACAUCGGGGAGACGCAGCUGGACGUGGAGUUUCUGAUGGAGCUCCUGGAUCCCGACGAGCUGCGGGGAGAAGCCGGGUACUACCUGACUACGUGGUUUGGGGCGUUGCACCACAUCGCUCACUACCAGCCGGACGCGGGCCGCGCCCCACAGGGGCUCAGCAAUGAGGCGCGGGCCUCGCUGCACCAGUGGCAUCGGCGGCGGACACUGCACCGACUGGACCAAACCGGCUCCCGGGCCGAACUGCCCUUGGACGGGCCUUGGGCAGUGGAGGCGGAGCAGGGAACCUGUGACAAUUAGGGUUCACAGAUACGUCUGCUCCUUCCAGAGGCAACUGGGACAGCGCUGACUCCUAACCCCUGUGGCUUAGGAGCAGAAAGGAGGCAGGCCUCACUUUUUUGCACUGGCUGUUCCUGUCUCCUGAGCUGGCCUGCCCUGUUGGUGUAGCCUCCCUGCUCCCAGCACCCUAUGCCCCUUGCCUGAGACCCUAAAGCAGAUGUCAUUAUCGCUGCAGUGAGGCUCUGGCUUUCCCAUCCGCUGCUGCUUUCCCAGGCUCAUUAGCAAGGGAGCUGGAUCCGAAGUGAAACAGCCAGGACUUGAACCAUCACCCAUAUGGGAUGCUGGUGUGCCAGGCUGCAGCCUAAUGUGCUAUACCCCAAUGCCUAGGGGAGCUGAGAGAUGCAAAAACGGA